CACUUCCAGCAUGAACUUUGUAAAAAGCAGGAGAGUGGACAGUAUUUACGUGUAGCUAAGUUGCUAAUACAACGGAUUUAGCUAACAUCGGCUAACGUUAACUCAGACGCAGACGACGGAAACGAGAUGGCAAACUGUUGUGUACUUCCGUGUUUGUAUUAGCCGCCGUCAGAUAUCUGGUUCUGGUUAGGCUGACAGUCGUCCAGUGGGGUGAUAGUUGAUACUUUUCUUUGCUAACUUAACGUUGGUGAUGUGAUGUUCCGCGUUAGUCCGCUCGCUGUAACGUCAAGGCUACGCUUCUUUUAUAUUUAACGUUAAUGUUGAAGAACAGAUAACGCUUAACAGUUAUUCGUGUUACUGUUUCUAGUAGUAACGGUGCUCAUCGUUUGUUCUGAUAUUGCAUGUGUGCAAUACGAAAACAGUAGGUCCAAGGAGUAUGUUUCUCACACUGCGUUAUGCAACGUGUAUUUAAUCCAACACGUUGCUUUUGAUCUGCCUUACAAACGUGCUAGAGUUGCGUAAUUUUAUCUUGACUUUUCUAACGUCUUUGGCUAAAUUUAAGAAAACCGGCGACGUCAGGUUUACACGCCGCACGCUAAACAACUCGGCAGGGUCAGACUCCCUCCUCUUUCUUCCGGAAUUGUUGUCAGAAAGUAGCAGACAGACUCAAAAAUGAGGCCAGCCAGAGGCGGCGGUGACGAGGAGGCUCCCCGGCAGAAUGGCGCUUCUGGCCGCAGGAAAGGAGACCAGCAGCAGCGAAGUGACGGGGACGACGGUGGCUCUGCCUUCAGCCCAGCUGACCUGCUGGACGAAGAUAAUGACCCGGGCCUCAGGAGAGAAAUACGGAGCAAGUACAGAGACCUCAUCAACUCAGUGCAACAGAAUAGAGAAGAUAUGCUGAGUCCCUCCAACAACAAACUCACAGAGGUUUUGGAAGAGGCAAAUGAGCUUUUUAAAGAUGUUCGGCAGGUGAGGGAAGCAGCUUUGGAUGCCCAGCUCCUUGUCAUGGCCACAGAUCUGGGAAAGGAGAAGGCCAGCCAACUGUUUUCUGAGAGCUCCACUUUUGAUCCCACUGCUUUUGCUGAGCAUCUUUUGUCUUUCAUGGGUCUCAACCGACUAGAAAACGGAGAGAGUGAGCAACAGAACGGAGGUGCAGUUGAUGGCUACUUGCCCCAGGACGCCUGGCACAGAGUGGCCCAGAGAGCAGCGUGCUGCUUCAGGACAGCACCCUCCUUCCACUACAUGAUGGGUUCGUUCCAUGCAGAGCCGCCUCCUCCAAAGCAAAGGACAGAACGGCAAAGCAAAGCACCCAGCAAGGAAGCCAAAAGGAUAAUGCCCACUCAGCUAAAGAAAAUGGAAGAGUCUCAUCAAGAGGCGACAGAGAAGGAAGUUGAAAGGAUCCUGGGAUACCUGAAGAGUUAUUACCAAGAUGAUCCUACAUCACCAAUAUCGUAUUAUGAGUUUGUCAUUGACCCCAACUCAUUUUCCCGGACAGUAGAGAACAUUUUCCACACGUCUUUUCUCAUCAGAGAUGGUUUGGCACGGAUGUAUCUGGAUUCAGCCGAGUUGCCUUGUAUAGCUCCUGUAGAGGAGGGGGAGGUGCAAACUGAAGGAUCAUGCAGCAGGAAACAGUGCAUUGUCUCUAUCAGCCCAAAGACCUGGAAGGAGCUCAUAGAUGCCUUCGACAUCAGAGACACAAUUAUUCUGCCUCCAAACACACAAAAUGAGUGAUGGACCGCACAAUAUUUUGUUAGCUGAAAGUGAAAAUUGUUUUUAGGUGUGUUACUGUUGUUGUUGUUGUUGUAGUUGUUGUUUUGUUUUUGUUUGUUUUUUAAAAAAAUUUUGAAAUAAUAAAGACAAAUUGUUCGAAGUUUGCAAAGUUCCAGUGUAGGUCACAUUUGUAAAACUGUAUCAUUGUGACUUAAGGUCAUGGUUCUCAAUUGCACAUUUUGUUUUUAUUUUUACUGUUUUAGAUAUUUGAAUAAUAAAAGAGAAAAAGGAGAAAUCUA